AUGUCUGAUACAAGCACUGAUAAAACAACAACAUUUCCAUCAAAAAGACCCGUCGCAAGACACGCUUGCUUAGCAUGCAGAGAGAAAAAGAUCAAAUGUGAUGGUGAAAUACAAAUUUCACAUCCAGAUGGAAAGUCUGGUGAAGUUACACAUCAACGUUGUUCAAAUUGCAAGUUGCUCAAUUUGGAGUGUGUAUUUGUACGAAGCUUAAGAGGAGGAAGACGGAAGAAGCCAAAAGAUCCAACAUCAACUACAUCAAGUCAUACAACUCCUUCAGGUAAACCUUCAUUAGUGUCUCGUCAUAGCUCAUCAACAAAUAUUCCACAAGCCAACAAUGGUCUAAUACCUCUUCAAAGUCCCGGUGGGUCCAUUCAUCAGCGCGUUGGAAGUGAUCUAGAUACUCCAAACAAUAUUGUAUCUGGAAUAGCUUCACCAUUCUACAACUUCAAUAAUGAUGGAACCAAUGUUUCACCACCAAUUCAACCUGGAUUACACAGAUCAUCUGGAUCAUCAAAUUCUCUUCAAGACAAGGUUCGUUCUUUACAUGAACCAGCUGAUUCACCAUUUCCCUUGAUACAUAGAGGUUUUUCACAAGAAUUAAAUCAACAGGGAUAUCCAUUUCCAAGUACAAGUCAACCCCCAGCUCAUUAUGAUUCCAAUCAGCAGCAUCAACAACAUCAUCAACAACAUCAACAUCAUCAACAUCAUCAACAUCAUCAACCUGUAUAUAUGCCAGUGAAUCAGCCUCUUUAUCAACCCCAAGUUAACCAAUAUCCACCACAGCCGCCACUUCAACCACAACAGCUACAAAUGAAUCCACAUCAACAGCAGCAGCAGCAGCAAAUUAAUUCAUACAAAUCACAAUCAGAACAUCCAAAUGGAUCAGUAUCACAGCCUGUUCAUUAUCAAGAUCAAAUAUAUCCAUCAAGUAACGAUUAUCAAGCACAUGAUUCGCUUUCAAGAAAAAGACCUUAUUCAUCUAGAGAUACAAAUGCUACACCAGGAACUUCUAUAUCAAGCUCAGUUUCACUCAAUCACUAUAUUUACAUUUCAGAUCAAGAAUUAGAGCUUUUUGAUUUACCAGAUUGGAAAACAACUUGUAUUUUGAUAGAUCUGUAUUAUAGAUAUAUUCAUCCAAGUCGUCCAUUUGUUCAGCCAAAACAUAGACUCGUAUCUCAUUUGAAUGUUAGAAAAGAUGCAUCAUUGUUACAUGCUAUGUUCUCAUCAUCUUGUUGUUUUGCUAGUGCUAAACAAAUUCCUAAUCAGAAUUUAAGAGAUCCUCAACAUUGGUAUUUCCUUGCAGAAAAACACUGGGAUUUAUUAUCACUAGAGUCUUCUUUACAAGCAAUGGUUCUACUAUCAGGGUCUUUGGGUCCGGGUGGUUAUGUUGAACAAGCUAUAGAAGGAUCUGAAAGAUUAAUGAGAAUUUUAGAAGUAAAUAAUAUCCUACCAACUUUGAAGUUGGGAAGUAAUUUUGAAACAUUUGCCCGUGUUGCUACAAAGAGACAAUUGGUUGUGAGAGAAGAUCUUAUAAGAACUGUUUGGGGUAGUUGGAAGUUAAAUGUUUUCGUUAGACUCAAUAGAGGUAUCCCAUAUCAUCCAAUUUCUCAAGAUUUGUUGAAAUUUCAACCUCAAUUACAAUUUCCAGCCUCAGAUACUGCUUAUAAUCAAAAUCUGUUUUUAUUUGACACAAAUGAUGUGGUUUCACCUCAAAGCUUGAGAUACAAUAUAUGGAGUGAUUUUGAAAAAUGGCUAAAUGAAGCUAAAACAAAUAAAGAGGUUUUCAAAAAGUUUCAAGAUGCUGAUUUAAUCAUUAUUGCCAUCAAGACUAUGGAAGAUAUCAUGGAUACCGUUUCAGCCGGGAACUUAACAAAUACAUCAGUUGAUUCAUAUAAUAGUAGAAUUCAACUGGUUGAUGAAAUAGCCAAAAAUGAAUUAUUUCAAAUAUCACAUAUCAGAAAGAGUGUCUUGGUUUUAAACAUAUCUAAAGUAUUCACAUUAUUAAUUUCAGCAGCGGCAAAAAUAGCCAUAAAUGUUACAUUUUGCUCACCAUUAUUAUUGGUUAAACCUCAUGAAACAAAUGCAAACAAUAAUCCAGAUGAUGUUUUCAAUUCACUUUAUCGGUUAUCUGUUGCUGAACUUUUACAAUCAUGUUCACAAACAAAUGAAACUCAACUUCAUCAUUUCAUUGAAACUUUCUUAUCUGCAUUUAGUGGUGUUCAAAUGCUUGAAUUAGGUGAAGCUAAGAUACCGCAGAACAAAAAUCCAACAUAUCCUAUGCAAGUUAUUGGAGGUCCAUCAAAUUAUACCCCAGCAGGAGAGAUCAAUUCAUUGAAAUCAAAUGAAAAUUGGUGGUUAGAUGCUGAAGAAGAACCAGGUAAAACAUUUUCAGCAAAAGUUGAAGACGAUGAGGAAUAUCCUGAUGUUUGGAAUCAAUAUCCGGUUUUUUCAGUUGUUGUUAUUGCUAACGCUUUGACAGUAUUAGCUUCAGCUAUUGUAUUAACCAAAUGCUUCACUAUUCAAGAAAAUAAAUCAAAUUUAAAACCAGCACCAGGAAAAAGAUUAGUUGAUUUUGUUAUUGGGAAUUAUCAAAGAGUCAUUACACUUGAAAUGAAUGAACCUGAUUUCCUAAUCUUCAUAGAAACUUUUAAUGUAAACUGUUUGAAGGAAAAGUUAAGAUUGUGUUCCAGAUUCGUGAAAGCACAAGGUAGAUUUUGGGCUUAUGUUGGUCUGAUUUCAAAUCAAAUGGAAACUAUUAUAAACUAUAUUGAAGAUGUUAUGUCAAGAAUAUAG